GAUUUCGUAGAACACUUGGCGUCCUCUUUUAAGGCCUCCUCCGCCUUCAUCUCGAUCCCAACUUCUUCUUCACCUGCAAUUUUGAUCAAAUCUUCGAAAAUGGCGAAGAUUUCGUGGAGGUCUCUGCUCCCCAGCUGCUCCCGCAAUGGCGCGGAGGAGAAGCAGCAGAAGAAGAACAGGUCCGUCCCCCAGCCGAUAUCCUUCCCGCGGCUGGCCUGGUCCGACCUCAGCAGCUCCGGCGGCGUCCUCUCGCCGGAGGACCUCUCUACGUCCCUCCCGGGGUCCAACCUGCACAUCUUCACGCUGGGAGAGCUGCGCGCGGCCACGCAGGGGUUCUCGGCCGUCAACUUCCUCGGCGCAGGCGGCUUUGGGCCCGUGUUCAAGGGCUUCCUCGAUGACCGGGCGCAGACAGUGGCCGUGAAGCUCCUCGACUUGGACGGUGCGCAGGGGCACAAGGAAUGGCUGGCUGAAGUGAUCUUUCUCGGGCAGUUGAGGCACGAGCGUCUGGUGAAGCUGAUCGGAUACUGCUUCGAGGACAACCAGAGACUGCUGGUGUACGAGUUCAUGGCCAAAGGCAGCUUGGAGAACCACCUGUUCCAGAGUUAUAGCGCGGCCUUGCCAUGGUCAACGAGGUUAAAGAUCGCCAUCGGAGCAGCUCAGGGUUUGACCUUUCUCCAUGACAUCGAGAAGCCAGUAAUCUACAGGGACUUCAAAACCUCAAAUAUUCUAUUGGACUCGGUAAGAAUAUAUAAACUUAUCGAUCACGAGGAAAGUUGUUACCUUAAGGAAUUAGUCAACGUUUGCAACUUAAUUAAGGAUUACAACGCAAAGCUGUCAGACUUUGGACUGGCGAAGGAUGGACCUGAAGGAGACGAGAGCCAUGUCUCGACCAGAGUGAUGGGCACUGAAGGAUACGCUGCACCGGAAUACAUUAUGACCGGCCACCUUACGGCGAUGAGCGACGUGUACUGCUUCGGGGUGGUGCUGCUGGAGCUGCUGGCAGGUCGGCGAUCGAUCGACAAGAGCCGGCCGCUGAAGGAGCGCAACCUGGUGGAGUGGGCGAGGCCUUACUUGAGCAACGCGAGUCGACUGCACAGGAUCAUGGACGCGAGACUCGACGGGCAGUACUCGCUGCGAGGUGCAGAAAAGGUGGCCUCGGUGGCGCACCAAUGCCUGAGCCGGCGACCGAAGUCUAGGCCGGCCAUGUCCGCCGUCGUCAAGAUGCUGGAGCCUCUCUUGGACUUGGACAGCACGGCGGCAGUGGCGCCGUUUGUGUACGUUGUGCCGACGGAUGGCACGACGGAUGAGAAGGACGACGACUGCGAGAAGGAAUUGGCAAAAAAUGAAGCCGAAAAGGAUGAGCUGCAACAUCGCCACCGUCGUCGCCACCAACACCAUCCUCGCCGCCACCGCCGCCGCCGCCACCACGACAACGAUCAUAUGCACGAGGUGAACUCCCCGAGAGCAGGGGAUCUGCAUGAACAAGGUGGUUCAUGAAUUGAGCAUGCUAAAUCCUUUGAUGUCUACAUGUGUUUAGAUCAUUUUUUUGAUAUAUGAACACGACACAUACAUUCAUAUUCAGAUAUUCUUGUGAAUAAAAAUGG